AUGUCAGUAUCUGAACGUCCGGUUUUCACAGGAUACUAUGUCGUUUGUAUCGACUACUUCAUUGACGACCCUUACAUCCACGACUGCGAGCAAGGCUUCGACAGACCCACAUGGAUGGCAAGGCAGAUGAAACGAGCCGAAGUGGUUCCGAGUUACCAAGGAGAGAUACGGCCAAGGAACGAAAUGCUUCGCCGUUACCUUUUCGGAGCCCCUUACGUCCUCGAAGCAGGGUCAACUGGAAAAACAGUCGCAGGCGCGAUUACUCAUCCAGCGUUCCUGACCGAGAAACACUUCUUCGAUGUAACCGCGCCACUUAUUUUAUCAUGCUCUGGCAAGUGGAGAUAUCAAGUAGACCAUACAUUCCCGACGGACUUGCGCCGCCGCGCUGAAGAUAUACUUGUUGGGGGGAAGCACGAUUACCAUUUCCAAGUUUUUGGCGGUGUAUCUCACGGCUUCGCAGUUCGAGGAGACCUGAACAACAGCAAAGAGAGUUAG